CGUCACUGACGUGCUUCUGACUCCCAGCUGGUCCCUCCCUCCGCCUCUCCUCGUCCCUCCUCCUCCAGGGUCAGGGAUCUGAAUGAGAAGAGGGGGGACCGGCUGCACAGGCAGAGCGUAGCGGCCCGAGGGAAAGUGAUCCAAGGCGGUGUAUAGAGAUACAGAACCCACAAUAAUACAAGAGAACUUUUAAAGAAAGCACAAUGGAGUUUUAUGAAUCCACAUAUUUUAUUGUCCUGGUACCGUCUGUGGUCAUCAUGGUCAUCUUUCUCUUCUUCUGGCUUUUCAUGAAAGAGACUUCUUAUGAUGAGGUCCUUGCAAAGCAGAAAAAAGACCAGAAGCCCCCUCCUGCCAAGAUAGAAAAAAAGAAAACCGACAAAAAAAAGAACAAGAAGAAAGAAGCUCAGAAUGGCAACCUGCAUGAAUCAGACUCUGAAACAGCCAUGCGCGAUUUUGAAUUGGUGGACGCGCUCUCCAGCGAGGAAGAACAUGUUGUCCCCACCCCUGUUGUUUCGGCAGAGCCAAUUGGAAAUAUAAAAGAACGGAAGAAAAAGGACAAGAAACCGUCAAAACCAGUUGAGGAACAAGUCAACAAAGAAAUCAAUGGAACAAAAUUACCAAGUAAGAAACCGGAACCUGUUCCAGUUACCAAACAAUCAACGCCACCACCUCCAGAUACCGGAGCAGCUAAGAAGAAAGCAGGACAGAAGAAGCAAAAGAAUGGAAGAGAUGAUUCACCACUGAGUCCUGAGACAAAGAAUGAACAGGUUGUCCCCUCUUCUAAAAAACAAGAGCCCCUUAGCCCACCAGUGGAGGUGAAGCCACAAGAGAGCGGGGCAGGAGGGAAGAAGAAAACGAACGUUAAAAAGCAAAAAAUAGAAAAUGUUUCAGGCCUAGUGGAUGAGCCAUUAAUUCAGCCCACUGUUUAUAUCCCAUUAAUGGACAACUCGGAAUUGAAUGUGGUUGAAAAGAAAGAGACGGCCAACUUGGAGAAAUCGGAGUUGCCGGAGAAUCCCCCAAAAAGCAGUGGCAAGAAGAUGAAGACAGUUACAGAUAAAGAAAAUGCUGAAGUGAAGUUUAAGGAUUUUAUUGUGAGCCUGAGAAGCAUGGUGUUUACAGAAGAAGAAGCACUGUCUCUGGUGGAUGUGCUCAAGGCUAAAUCAAACGCUGUACAAGAAAUUAUACACAAGGCCAACAGGGGAGAUGCAGCGGCUGCCCUUCAGCUGCAGGAAAAGGAAAAACAGUUAAUUGCUGCCAAAGACGAAGCAUCAGUAGUGAAGGAACAGUGCAAGCAGCUCACUCAGGAGCUUGUAGCAGAAAAGCAAAAGUUGAACUUGGUUGAAGCAAAGGCAAGGGAGCGGAUAACUCUGCUGGAGAAAGAGCACGGGGUUUAUCAGAGCAAGAUGCACGGCAGCUACCAAGAGGCACAGCAAAUGCAACUGAAGUUUCAGCAGGUUCGGGAGCAGUUGGAUAACCAGAUUUCGCACCUCAAACAGGAAAACAGUAUCCUGAGAGAUGCCGUCAGCUCGGCCACCAAUCAGAUGGAGAGCAAGCAAUCCAGUGAUCUUAACAAACUUCGCCAGGAUUAUACCAGACUGAUGAACGAGCUCACGGAAAAGAAUAACAGGGUGGCGCAGGAGGAGCUGCAGAAGAAGAACUCGGAACAAGCUGCGGUACAACUAAAGGCCCAGAUGCAAGAGGCUGAGCGGAGCUGGAAAGAAAUGGAAAAGUAUCUGCGAGCAAGAAUUACGGAGUUUGAAGUAGCACAGCAAGAUUUGCAAGGAAAGCUGAUCACCAAGGAUAGUGAGGUUCAGAGCCUACACAGCAAGCUUACAGACACUAUGGUCUCCAAACAACAGCUGGAACAGAAAAUCAUGCAACUCAUGGAUGCUGGUCAAGGAGACAGUCUGCAGGUGCAGGAUCUGGUGAAACAAAAUGAAGCGCUGAAUGCCCAGGUUCAGAAAUUCCACACACAGAUUACAGCUCAGUCCUCUGUCAUUGUUGAAGGACUGCAAAAAACGAUUGCAGAGAAGGACAUGGAAAUUAAGCAGAUGGCAGUGGAACAUGCUCAAUUUGCAAACAGUGGAGAAGAGCUGAAGGAGCUGCUGAAAGAAAGAAAGAAAUAUCAUACACAAAUUGCAGCACAGUCUACAGCUCUGGCUGUUGUAGAAGAACUUCAGAGAACGGUUGUUGAGAAGGAGAAGGAGAUCAAACAAAUGCACGAUUCUCUUACUCAUGAACAUGUCAAUUUCACCAACAGUAAAGAAGAGCUGAAGAUGGUACAAAGAGACAACGCAGCAAUAAAAUCAGAGUUGCAGUCUCUUCACGCUUUAAAGGAUGAAACGGUUAUCCUAAACCAUGCGCUGGAACAGAUGCAACGAAGUGUCAUGGAGAAGGAUGAGCAAAUAAGAAUACUGGAUGAAAGACUGAAGGCUGAGCUUGCAAAGGUGUCAAGCAACAUAGAGGAUUUUAAGGCAAAUAAGGAUACAUUGGGACAGCUGGAGAAAAGUUCACAAGAGAAAGAUGAGAAAAUCAAAACGGUAGAGGAACUUCUGGAGACUGGGCUCAUACAGUUGGCCAACAAAGAAGAAGAGCUGAGGACAAUGAGGAAUGAAAAUGAAUCCAUGCGGUCAGGCUUGAAAACCCUACAGGAACAGCAAACUGCACAGAUAUCACUCACUUCUGUUUUGGAAGAACUUAAAAAUCAGAUCCAUGAGAAGGAGGGAACCAUAAAAUCUGUGCAAGAUCUUCUCCAGGCCGAGCAGCAGAAAGUCAACAGCCAGGAGGCGACAGUUAGGGCAUUGAACCAGGAAAUGGAAUCUCUGAAGGAAGCUUUAAGAAAUAGCCAGCUUGAAAAGGCUGAACAGCUUUCCAAUGGAGCACAAGUGCAGGAACUACAGAACGAGCUGAGAAACAAAGAAGAUUCAUUAAAAAACAUAGAAAUGCGAUUCAAAGAACGUGAGAAAGAUAUUGUUGAUCGAGAGAGACAAAUCCAGGAUCUGGAUAAAGAAUGUAAAGUUCUGAAAGCUCACACUGAAGAAGUACAAAAGAAACUUCAACAGAGUGAGUCUACAUCAUCGCAAGCUGAGAAUCUCCAAAGUCGGCUGGCCGAGCAAGAAGAGAAGGUUAGAAACACGGAGGCCUCACUGCUGGAGAAGGAGAAAUCUAUUAAUGACAAAUCUCAGGAACUACAGACUUUAAGAGCUGAAAACAAUGUUUUGAAGGUUCAGGCCUCUGAACUGCAACAGAAACACAAACAGCAAAUAGAACAGGUCUCAUCUGCUGUCCAUAGUGAACAACUAUUGAAGACACUUGCAGAGAAAGACCGACAUAUAACAGAGCUACAGAGUGAGCUGGAAUCACUAAAAUCUGCUGUGGAACAGCAACGAAAGAAGAAUAAUGACCUUCGGGAGAAAAACUGGAAAGCAAUGGAAGCUUUGGCAUCCACUGAAAAAAUGCUACAAGAGAGAAUGAACAAGACGGCCAAGGAACAGCAACAACUUGCCCAAACAGCUGAGACACAAGCCAGGCAGAUCCUGCAGAAACUCUUCCCCAGUGUGUCCGUAUCAGUGGGUUUGUGUCACAGUGAUUGGGUGCAGGAGUUUGAGAAAGGAGCAAGGAAUUGUUUAAAUGAAAGUGCGGGAGCUGAGAAAUUAAAGGUGAUGGAGGAGAAGCUGAAGGAAGGAGAGGAGACCCAUACGAUGUUGCAGCUUGAGUGUGAAAAGUACAAAUCUGUGCUGGCAGAAACGGAAGGAAUUCUGCAGAGGCUGCAGCGCAGUGUUGAGGAAGAGGAAGGGAAGUGGAAGUUGAAGGUUGAAGAAUCACAGCAGGAACUAGAUAAGGUAAAAUGUACAGUUUGUACCCUGGAAAAGGAACUGGAGAACUUGAGAAAGAAAGACAAGGCAACCGAAAAUUUGCAAAAGGAUAUAAAUCAUUUGGAAUCGGAGCUGGAGAAAGCGGAAAGUGAGAGAAGCACUUACGUUUCAGAAGUCAGAGAGCUCAAAGAUCUGUUGACUGAAUUGCAGAGAAAGCUUGAUGGUUCAUACUCAGAAGCCAUAAGGCAGAAUGAAGAGCUGAUUUUGCUGAAGUCUCAACUGAAUGAAACAUUACUGAAACUGGAAGGAGAACAGAGCGAGCGGCAGAAAGUAGCAAGUGAUCUGCAUGAGGCCCAGAAAUCACUGGAUCUCAUUCAGCUGGAAAUCCUCAAAGCAUCAGGAGACGCCAAUGUCAUUGAGAACAGCGACGUUUCUCCGGAAAUGGAGGAGCAAGAAAAGAAAGAAAAGCUAAUGCCAAGUCUGAGCCAGACAGUGACAAAGUUACAGCAGUGUCUUCAGGCAGUAAACCAGCAACUUACAAAGGGAAGAGAAACCUUUCAGAUAAUAGGAUAAAGUCACAGAGGGAAGAGUCCGUUGAGGACGGAGCAGGAGGCAUUGUAUUAUAUUUUGCCAAAAUAAAGCCUUAUUUAUGUUUUCACCCUUUCUACUUUGUCAGAAAACACUGAACAGAGCUACAUCUUUUUCUAACGUCUUUUUAAACUACUGAUUUAAGACAAAGGGAAACCUCUCCGCAUACAGUUUAGUUUUAUAGUAAAAAAAAGAAGAAAAAAAACCUGAUCAAAUCUGUUUGCAUAUGUAGAUCUUUACAUUCCCGGAGAAGCCGUAAAUAAAAAGAGUUCCUUUUAGCCUAUUUUAUCCAGAAGAUUCAACUAUGGCAGAGAUACAGAUGGAAGAAUUCUAUAUAUCGUUUUAUUACAGAUAUUGUACACUCUUUUACUUAAAUACACUUUGGGAAUAGAGGCCUCUGAUUUCAACCUCAAGUAAACACUCCUUUUUGGUUUGCGAAUUCAAACCCGUUUUUUGGAAUGGUGUCCGCAAAUAAAAGGAAACGUAUUCAAACACCGCCUUCUUUAUGAGAUCAGUCACUAAUGCAGAGGUUCACUUGUUUUAAAAUAAAACUCUAAAAAGCUAUGCAAACUCAAUAAAAUUAAAAAAAAUCAA